ACACACACACACUCUCUCUCUCUCACACACACACCUCACAGGGUUGAAAAAAAAUAGGAGUAGGUAAAUGUAUUAUGUAUGCCAUCCUAAAUUAUUUAUAAAAAUAAUAAUAGUGGAUGUAAAUAAUAAAAUAAAUACAAGGGGAUGAAAUCUGUUUCUUGGCAAACCUAUACCAAUGCAUUUCACUCACAAAAUUAGGGUACCAGGCACAACCUUGUUGAGCAAAAAUUGGUUUACCUUUGGACUGGGUCUGGGGUGGGGUACAAACAAAGUGCCAUGAAACAAAUGGAAAGGCUGAAAGAAGGAAACAAAACGGCAAGAGGAGUCUAACGUGGUUAUCCAAACCAAUUUGCUAUAAAGUUCAUACAUGUAUGUAAAAUGUUAUGAGACUAUAUACUGGUUUUGCUUUAACCCUGCUAGCAUUUUAGAAAUUUCAUGCUGGCAUAAACAUCUUACAUUUAGGUUAGUUUUCUUCUGUGAUGGCACACUUUAGCAAACGAUAUGAGAUUGACACAUUAAAUCAUGUAUUUUUAGGAUUAAGGCAGGAAACCUAACAUAACAGAUAUUAAUAAUGAUUUAAAUGAUACUUUGCAAGCAGUGAUUUUUCUCAAUAUUAAGCGCUAUGCAAAAUGCAGCAGUAAAUUGCUAUCACAUAUUGUCCAGAGGCAUUUACCUGACCUUCCUUGCAGACAAAAGCUGACCUAAAUCUUUAAAGAUAGGUGUUCUCAUCAUCUAUAUAUGCUACAUCAGCGAAAGUAUACUUAUAUAGUGUUGUAAGUAGUUUUGUUAAUUAUCUGGCCAAUCAGAUUAGUUCAAAAGCUCUAUACAGAGAAUUCCAAAUUUACUCACGUAGCCUUGUAAGAAAGUAUUGCUAUAGAAAUUAUAAAGUGAAGAAGUCUGAGUAGACUUAUAGGCUCAAUAAGGGAAUUGGUUUCAGAAUGUUGAUUUUAAUGUUUCAUUGAAUAUUAAGUAUGAUUUACGAAAUCUUAAUGCAGGAACAUUAUUUCUAAGACUGAUAGAUAUUGGUACAAUUUAUCAUCAUUUUCUUGCUAUCUAAAGAAGCAGCUAAUUCGUAUAUAUAGUAUAAAUAACAUUCAUAUAAAGGAGUUCUCUUUAUAUGAAUAUUUACAGUAGCCAUUUUACCUAUAGUAAAUGAAAGCGAUCUGAUGUUCAUUUAUUAAAUUUAAUGUAUUGAAUCUUUUGCUCGUACAGCUAUUAAGAAACUGCAUUAGUACUUCCUAUUAUACUGCAGUAACAUGAACUUUCUCCUGGUUCUAAGGAAAUUAGACCUUUAUAGACAACACUACACUGCAGACACUCCUGAUUUUACCUAGACUGUAACACAGCAAGUUUCACAGAUAAGCAGGAACUAAAACAGACUUCAGGGUAUCUCUACCCAAAUAUCCACUACUAUAUCAUACUGACUCACAUUAGGAUGUCUGGAAAAAUACUUCUUUGCAUAAGUUAAUGAAGGCAAGAGUGACUACAGGAAUAGAAGAAUAAAUUAGAAUUUAUCUUGUUGAUAGACUAACAAUGUUGUUUCAAGUCUUAUUUUAAUUUGAUGCUGACAAUAAAAGAAGGGUGAAAGAAUAACUUUUAGGAAAAUAAACUAAUAUAAGUUCCUUACAAAAAGGGUAAUAUUAAAAACAGCCGUGUGACCAGAGUAAAGAAAAUACUUGGAGGAACAGCUGAAAAAUUGUUAUAGAAUCUACAAAAAUGUCACUUUUUAAUACCACAAAGAUAAGACCCAAGUUCGAUGGAGAAGCAAAAGCAUUAGACAAAAACACGGGCAAAGGCGAUUUAAAAUAUCUCAGGCCAUCAAUUUUUUUUCUAACCAUUUGCCAUGUUAUUUGAUGUAAGUCACCAGAACUGGAAUUCUGUGUUUUAUUGCACCAUCCUCAUUUCAAUAUUUGACACUAUAUGUGGAAUUACAUAAAUCUCUUGGAGCUUGGCCAACAGAACUAAAUUUGCUAGGUGCUCUUUUAUUUCCUUAUUUGUACCUUCUUCCAGUAACUCCUGAAGAAUAAAGAUCUGUGGUUCCAAGCUUCCACAGAAGCUCUAGUUUCUCUUGAGGUAAAGUAACGUAGGCUAAUGCUUCAGACUCAUACACACCUAUUUCCUGCAACCCAGGCAAUUAGGUAAUAGCAUAAAUCCCAGUUUCUAAUGUAACUGAGUCAGCAAGGGCUUGGCGUAGAACACACACAAAGGAAUUACCACCCACAGAACAGAUGAGUGGCUGAGCCAGAAGUGAAAAGUAGGUGCUAAAGGAAAGGUGCUCGAAACAAAGAAAUCUGAAAAUAUGCUAUGAUCUUUUAACGACUGCCAAGGAAUGAAACCACAAUGUGCACUGAACUGGAUGGGCUUCCCUCUGUGUUCCCCACUUGGCUGUUUCUCUAUUGGUCCAUCUCACUGAAAACUACGUAGAAAUAUCCAAGAAAUCACAAGGAAUCAAGUUUGACUUAGAGGCGCGGUGGCUCAAUGCCUUAAUGAUGCUGGAGAUGGUCUCUGUUCCAGGGGUUCAAGUCGUAGCACUGCAUUAUGGGCAAACAAGAAAGAAGUUCACUGACUCCAGGAGCAACCGUUUACCUAAAGACUAUUGAUUAAUUAGCAAACAUCACUUUACUGUUGUCUCAACAUGGACACAUGGCGGAGAGGAUCUAUUAGGUCUUCAGGUUUCUUCAAGCGGCUCUCAUUCAGGAGGAACAAGAAAUUGGGCAACCAGGCUAUUAUCUUGAACCAGAAGAGUCAAACAUUAGACUCCAAUGAACAGUGUGACAAAAAGAGGUUCCUAAGAAAUUUCAAAGAAAAGCCAGACUAUUUUUCGUGUCAAAGCGAACAAAAUCUUACCACUAAAACACAGCCACCUCCCAAACCACCUCGCUUAUAUUUGGACACUGCCAGCUGCCCCAAUAUAAUAGACCACAGAGCAUCUUCCUCUACAGAUAUCUCCUUUUUAAGCACUUCCUGCCAUUUUCAUAAGGCUACUCAAACACAGCCUGAUCUAUUUUACAGAGCCCAAACCAUGAACUCUGAAACUCUCUCCAGGAACCGUAAACCUCCUUUUGAUCCUUCAGACCCUUUCUCUUCCUUCACACUAGAUUUGGGGCCCUCACUCCUGGACGAUGUUUUACAAACACUCAGAAAACAGAAUUUACUAUUAAAUUAGCUGGAAUUCUCACCAAAACCAAGGAAUUAAUCAUACUGACUCUUCUGAUUCACGGAUCUUUGGUUCUUUUUAAAAUAAAUUUGUUCCCAUAAGAAGGUUAUGCCAUCUCUUAGGGGACGCUAUUAAGUAACUUAUGUUUUCUAUCUCACUGAUAAGCAGGCAAUAUACUUGCUAUACGUAAUCAAUCAGAAAUUCUAUGUGUAUGUGCAAGAGGAAGAUGGUUUUGGCAGGAAGCGCUGUAUCAUAUGGAAUGUAUGGAUAUGGUUGGAUAAAAUAAUCUUAAAUAUCUUGGAGCCCAACUUUUAUACAUAAAGCUUUCAUAGGAUACAGAGGGCAAAGGUCCUCAUCUACCAAUAGUGAAAUGGGAACUCUGAAUAUGAAGUUUAUCUUCCUUUGUGCCAGUACAGACUUUUUCUAAUUUCUUCCUUCAACUUGAGGGAAUUAAUAACUUCAUUUACGUCAUACUAUGAAUGUAAAAUGUGAAUGUAUAUGCUACUCUUUAUUAAACCAAUUUGUUUUAUUUAC